UGAACGAUAAAUCUAUCAACUACAAACCAGGAAAGCCAUCAUGGAGUCCACUUCCAACGCUCAGUCCUCUUCCGAAACCAGCUCCAACAUCAAUACCCUCGCCCACCUGAUCCAAACCGGCCAGGCCAAAAACAUCAUCGUCAUCGCCGGCGCCGGCAUCUCCACUGCCGCAGGAAUCCCGGACUUCCGAUCCCCAACAACCGGCCUCUACCACAAGCUCGCGCCCCUGAAGCUCCCCUAUCCCGAGGCAAUCUUCCAACUCAGCUACUUCAAACACACCCCAGAACCGUUCUACGCGAUCGCGCGCGCCCGGCAUCCACGGAACCUGAAGCCAACCAUCUCGCACGCCUUCUUGGCCCUCCUCGCCAAGAAGGGCCUCUUGGAGUUCGUCUUCUGUCAGAACAUCGACAGUCUCGAGCUCGAUGCGGGAGUCCCCAGCGACAAGGCUCUCUCCGUGCACGGGAACUGGAAAUCUCAGCGAUGCAGUACCUGUCGGAAGCCGUACCCUGGGUAUCUGAUGAAGCAGGCUAUCGAGAAAGGCGAGGUCCCGUAUUGUUUGCACUCGGGGUGUGGAGGGGCCGUGAAGCCGGAUGUGGUUUUCUUUGGAGAGUCGCUCCCUGCGGCGUUUGAUGUCGAGGUUAAACGUCUUCCGAAGGCCGAUUUGGUCCUUGUCAUGGGGACGAGUUUGAAGGUUCAUCCGGUGGCGGGGCUCCCGAGACAGGUUGCUAAGGGCGUUCCUCGCGUCUUGAUCAAUAAUGAGCGGGCGGGGGAUAUUGGGUAUCGGGAGUCGGAUAUGUGUAUCUUGGGAUCGUGUGACGAGAGUGUUUUAAAGGUUGCGGAUGCUUUGGGAUGGAAGGAUGAGUUGGAGGGUUUGUGGCAGGACGCGAUGGCGAGGAAAGAGCAAGAGGAGCCGUAUGAUGGACCGGAGCUGGAUGAGUUGAUUGAGAGGUUGGCGGCAAAGAAUAAAGACCGGAUGGUCUCCGAGGGACAUCAGAGUAUGUUGGAGAAGCAUUUGGCAUCCAAGUUUGCAGGUGUGUUACGUGAAAAGCCGAAUAUAGGUUGAAUAUCAUCGUAGAACCUGGACUCAUGCAAUGAGAAAUCGGUCUUUUAUCUAUCGGUCUACAAUUUAGGUUAGUGGCAGCAAGUCUUUAAACCAGUAACUGCUGCAUUUAUUUGACUGGAC